CCCCUCGAGCUGCGAUACGCCGAGGGCUCAACAUCCGAGGACUUUGGCCCAGAGUAACCCUGCUCGCGUGACCUUUCCCCUCCAUUCUGCACCUGAAGCCGCGGGCCCAGCGCGCUGCCUGCGGUUGGGCGCUUGUUCUGCUCCCUCCGGCCCCGCUCCCGCCGGCGCUUCGGCGCACCCCCUCGCUGCCCCUCCUCGCGGCUCCCCGUCAUGGCGGCUCUCAGCAAGUCCAUCCCUCAUAACUGCUACGAGAUCGGCCACACUUGGCACCCUUCCUGCGGGGUCUCCUUCGUGCAGAUCACCAGGGGCGCCCUGGAGGAGUCCCUAAAGAUCUACGCUCCCCUGUACUUGAUUGCAGCAAUUCUCCGGAAACGAAAAUUAGACUAUUAUUUACAUAAACUACUCCCUGAGAUCCUACAAUCUGCUUCAUUUCUGACUGCUAAUGGGGCCUUGUAUAUGGCUUUCUUUUGCAUUUUAAGGAAGAUACUUGGAAAAUUCUACUCUUGGAGUCCUGGCUUUGGUGCCGCUUUGCCAGCCUCUUAUGUGGCCAUUCUAAUUGAAAGGAAAAGCAGGAGAGGGCUUCUCACAAUUUAUAUGGCCAAUUUGGCCACAGAAACACUAUUUAGAAUGGCAGUAGCAAGAGGAACCAUCACAACAUUAAGAAAUGGAGAAGUCCUUUUGUUCUGCAUCACAGCUGCCAUGUACAUGUUCUUUUUCAGGUGCAAAGAUGGUUUGAAAGGAUUUACAUUCUCUGCUCUUAGGUUUAUUGUAGGGAAGGAAGAAAUUCCCACACAUUCUUAUUCACCAGAAGCAGCAUAUGCAAAAGUGGAACAAAAGACAGAGAAACAUGAAGAAAAGCCAAGAAGAUUGAAUAUAAUUGCUCUAAUCAGGAAACUUGUGGAAUCAGUAUGUAAGCAUGGACCAAGGCAUAGGUGUUGCAAACACUAUGAAGAUAAUUGCAUCUCUUAUUGCAUUAAAGGUUUCAUCAGAAUGUUUAGUGUGGGAUACUUGAUCCAGUGCUGCCUCCGAAUCCCCUCUGCAUUCAGGCAUCUGUUUACACAGCCAUCCCGGCUAUUUUCUCUCUUCUACAAUAAAGAAAACUUCCAGCUUGGAGCUUUUCUGGGCUCUUUUGUUAGUAUAUACAAGGGUACUAGUUGCUUCCUGCGCUGGGUCAGAAACCUGGAUGAUGAACUGCAUGCUAUUAUAGCUGGAUUUUUGGCAGGAGUAUCAAUGAUGUUUUAUAAAAGCACAACAAUUUCCAUGUAUUUAGCUUCCAAAUUGGUGGAGACAAUGUAUUUCAAAGGCAUUGAAGCAGGAAAGGUUCCCUAUUUUCCCCAUGCAGAUACGAUCAUCUAUUCCAUCUCUACAGCAAUUUGCUUCCAGGCAGCUGUCAUGGAAGUUCAGACCUUGCGGCCGUCUUACUGGAAGUUCCUUUUAAGGCUCACCAAGGGCAAAUUUGCUGUCAUGAACCGAAAAGUCCUUGAUGUUUUUGGUACUGGUGCAUCUAAACACUUUCAGGAUUUUAUCCCUAGGUUGGAUCCAAGAUAUACGACUGUAACACCAGAGUUGCCCAUUGAGUUUUCUUGAAGAUGACUGUAAUUUAUUAAUGUGACCUAAUGUUUCAUUAUUUUCUUCUGAAGAGUUAAUUAUGUUGAAUCACAAAGACGGAGUCUUGAGCUUGAACUUCAGUGUUAUUUCAAUGAGAGAUGCUCUUUGUUUUUCUUACCAAUCAGAAGUACAGAAGCUUUUUAGGAAGGUGUUGCUUAAUAAUUAAGUGCCCUUCCGUAGCCAGAAUCUGAUUCUGGGUCGCUGUAGUGGUUGACAUGAUGCUGUAUUAUUGAUUAAGUUAUGUCCACAAGCAACCUUAAAUAAUCUAUGUAGAAAUGUAGUAACAAAUAAGAGUAUACUUAAAAUUACUUUAAAAGAUGUUUUUAGUUCAUUCCAAUAUAAUUCUUGGUUAAAACUAAGAGUAUUUCUAUGUGUUAGGAUCACGGGUACAUGGAUUUGGUCUGUAUUUUUUUUUACUUUUGAAUUGGUAACUAUAGUAGUUAAAUGUAUGGAUAUGAAGUAACUCUUCACAGACAAUGCUGCUUUAGUAUAAAGCAAUUUAAUUGAAGAAAGUGGCCAUUCUUACUUCAGGGAUGCAAAGACGGGUCUUAUGCUGUUUGAAUAAAUGCUGUGGUAUCCAUGUCUUCUUCUGCUGAUAACUUCAUCUCUCUCCCAUGAUGAGUUGGGCUGUCUGGCAGCCCAGUGAACCUCUGUACUAAUGGCAGGUUGGGAGUAAAUGGAAAUUGACAUACCUGAUACAGUCGAAAUGUAUGUUUUAAUCUUUUGCAGAAGCAUUACACUUGAAUAUUUAAAAGCAAAUGAGGUUGCUUCUAAACCUCUCGUGGGUUUAUAGUAUUUGUUUUGUUUUCAUUUAUAAGGACGGAAUUCUUCAUGGCUAAGGUUGUCUCCCAUUGUAGAUUUAGAAGGGAUCAAAAGUAGUUUUGGCAAGUUUGUCAUUUUGUGCCCUCUCGACCGUUCCACGUACACAAUGGAUAUUUUACAACUACAAACAAUAUAACAAUAUGGUGGUUGUUAAAAAGUCCAUUUCAUCACUAAUGGGAUUCAGGUUCUCUAGCCUCUUUUCAAAAACUUAUUGUCACCAUUUUUAUUCCUGUUAGAAUAAAGAAGUGACAGAAUGUAGUCACUAUUGAUUAUGAGUUCAGGACAGCUGUGAUUAAAAUAUGAUUACUCCUUAGAGUUUUUCAGGGAAAAGUUAUACUUUUCUAAGUUAAUAAAAGGCUUAAUUGGUUAUGAUGUCUACAGUUAAUAUAACAAAUAGGGAUGAUGGUAUAUUUUUUUAAUAUCAUUUUGAUGCUGAAAAGUUUUGGGCCAUUGUAAAUUAAUUAUACAGUAGAACCUGUGUUGCAACAAGGAUUAUAACCCAGACUUUAAAAAUGCUUAAUCCUCCAUAUUCCAUUUCAUCAAGCCCUGUAUAUUUCUAUUUACGUGUAAUCCUAUCCUUGGUAAUGGCAAAUUGAAACCCAACAAAACGACAGACUCUGGUACCAUAGUAACAGAGAGAGCCACUUUAAUUAGGUCAAAUUUCUGCAUUGUGAUUAACUUUUUGGAAUUGACUUGUCUAUUAGACAACACUGUUAAGGCAUCAUUUUGGUUUCAGACUUCAAAAUUCAUUAAUAAAUUAAGUUUUAAGUUUUUAUUCACUGGAAUCAAAAUGACAAUUGGUAUUGUGUUUACUUUUAAAAAUGAAGUAUUAUAGCAGUGAAGAAAGCACUGCUUCCUGCCCCUCAUUUUCUUUAUUUAGAAAUUAUGUUUAUAAUAUUUUCCUGUUUGCUUAAAAGAAAAACAUUUUAAUUCGUAAGUUACUGUUGUCAUUAACAUUAAAAAGGCUAUGAUGUUGAAAGACAAAUUCUACUGAAAUUUGAUGAGAUUGUUUAGUAAAAUUUUACUGUCAAAAGGUACAUUUCUAUGAUUUACUUUUUUCUCAAACUAUAGUCAUUUUUUAAAUAUAAAAUGUAAAAUGAAAUAACCAUCAUGAAGCAGAAUACAGUGAUGAACAUAUAGCUUGAGUGAAUAGUUAACUAAUUUGCCGUGGUGAAAAGAGAAGUCUGAUUUGAUUUCACUGAGGCAGCCUGCAAAGUGUAGCUGUUUGAGAAAACAAAAAGAGACUGUCCGUGUUCCUGAAGACAAUCAAAAUGAGUAUCUUUCUACCUCUAACCAAUCAGGUAUCAAUUGACAACUUGGCACCAUAAAUAAAGUCAAAUACAUGUCCUUUCCAAAACAUGUUUUUUAGUCCAUUUAUACACUGAAGAUAUCCUGCCAAUGGUAAGUUUCCACCAGAACUGACUGUAGUUUGACUGACUGAAGCAUAAAGAGAAUACCAUAUACUUAACUCUAAGAAAAAACAUGGUAGAGAAACAGUCUAUCAACUAACAACUUUCCUAUAGAUAGAAGCAUUUUCAAAAGUCUGGGAAAGCAUAAGGAAGGUGCAUAAACAUAUCUCUUGGACUUUUUUUUGCCACCAUCCGGCUGUGUGGCUGACUGUUUCUUGCCAUGUCUUCUCACAAGACUUUGAGAAUCAAGCGAUCAAGAAACAAAAGCAGAAUUGUCCCAUUCCCCAGUGGUUUUGGAUGAAAACUGGUAAUAAAAUCAGGUACAACUCCAAGAGGAGGCACUGGAGAAGAACCAAGCUCGGUCUGUAAGACAUCACACAUGAUGAGAUGACACACCUAAUUGGCACCACAUAUUUAAUUAAGCUGUGUGAAGAUCAUGUGUUCUAUCACUCUGUAAACAUCCUUCCUACCUAGCCAUAGACAUGUUUUAUCAGGGAAAUGAUUUUUCUCUGUUACUAUGCCUCUGCACCAGUAGGUUGGUUCAGUAAUAAAUGAGACCUUUCAACUCUA